CUGCUGCUCAGCUCCGCUCCGCUCCGCUCCGCAUCCCUCAGCGGACACUCCGCGCUCUUGUUUGGGAACAAUUCUGGAGCCGAAAUACCAUCUUUGGAUUUGUAAUUUGUAAGGAUUUUACAAGACUCAGCUGUGAUGUAAAGCUGCAAGAACAUGCCGCUGUGUCAUUUGCAAGUUUUCAGAUCAUCAGGAAAAUGACUUUGUGAAUACAGCAAUGUGUAAUUAUGAAGUUGGGGUCGCCGGUCACAGGGGCCCUUCCCCCCUUCUCGAUGCCUGUCACAGAGCAGCCGUGCUGGGCUUCAUCUGAAGGGAUGCACCAUGGUGUGAUCACACGUCUGUCCUACCCCAGACUCAAUGAAUCGCACGAAUGAAUGGACAUUACUGUGGCAAAGGGAAUUAGCUUGGUCGCAUAGGGACUUCAGAUUUGGGAAUACUGGAACCGGUCGGAGAGCGUUGGAUUUUUAUUUGAAGAAGUGCAGUGGAUACUUCAAGGAGUGUUUUUGGAAGAUGUCUGAGAAGGGAGCCGAGGCGUCUACAUCUCAGCCCGCGAAGCGGAAGCAGGUGAUUCACGGCCUGGAAGAUCAAAAAAAGAUCUACACGGACUGGGCGAAUCACUACUUGGCCAAAUCGGGACACAAGCGGCUGAUUAAAGACCUGCAGCAGGAUGUGAGCGAUGGCGUGCUGCUGGCUGAGAUCAUCCAGGUUAUCGCAAAUGAGAAGAUUGAGGACAUUAAUGGAUGCCCGAAGAGUCGUUCUCAGAUGAUUGAGAACAUUGAUGCCUGUCUGAGCUUCCUAGCAGCCAAAGGUGUGAACAUACAGGGACUUUCAGCUGAAGAGAUCCGAAAUGGAAAUCUGAAAGCCAUCUUGGGGCUUUUCUUCAGCCUGUCUCGAUACAAGCAGCAGCAGCAGACGAACAGACAGACGCACACGCAACACACACAUUCACACGCUCCCUUAAGCCAGCAGAGCAGCGCUCCAGCCCAGCUGACCUCCACCUCGCAUGGGACGCACGCACAAAAAACACAGCCAGAGAUGCAGUCCAGGGAUGGCUCUCAGAGUAAACUCAAGUUUUCCAUUGGUCAGAAAAAGUCUUCUAGAUUACCUGGCCCUACCUCGAGGGUGUCCACUGCGGGCAGUGAGAGCUCUCCUCGAGGGUCCGUCAGUUCAGCAGGGAAUCGCCGCAGUCAGGUGUUCAGCGAUAAAGCCAAACCUGCAGCAGCUCAGGCCAAAGAAUCAUCAGAGAGUGUCACCUCACAAGGCGUGACUGAGCACACUCUGUCAUCACUGGCGUCCGCCUGCACCUCUGUUAGCACCAGCACUGUGGCAUCUUCAUCAUCAUCGUCAGCCAUCCCCCAGCCCAACUCGAGUAGCAAACCCUGGAGAAGCAAAUCUCAGAGCACCAAGCACACUGCUACCUCCACCGCUACCUCCACGGUGCUUUCCAUCAAACCAGAUCUCCAGGCCAAGCAGGCCGUGCCUGCAGAGCCACCACCGAAAGCUGUGCCUCAGAAGUCCAUGCUGGAGAAACUUAAACUUUUCAACAGCAAAGGAGGCUCCAAGUCAUCCACGCCAGCAGAGGGUGCCAUUACGCCAACAGGAGGUAAAGAUGCCGGUUUGAUUUUGGAAAGAGUCGAGGCUGGUUCCAAUACAGAACCUAUUGAGGAAAUGGAUGGUAAUGUCAGGCCCACGAACGGAUCGAGUGCUGUUACGAUGACAACCAGCAGCCCAAAGAUUGCACUGAAGGGCAUCGCGCAGCGGACGUUUAGCCGGGCGCUCACGGCCAAAAAAGCUGCAACGAAAGCUGUGGAGAAAGAAAAGGAAAAGGAAAAGGAUCGAGCUAAGGAGAAAGACAAAAAUGGGAAAGAGGGAUCAAAGCGUGUCGCUUCCUCGGAAAAGGUAGACACCAAAGAGGAAGUCAAGGAGGAAGUUGUUCCCUCAAGCAGAGUUGCUCCCCCUGAGGCCGAGCCUAGGAAAGCCUCCAAGAUCGCUAGCUUCAUACCUAAAGGUGGCAAGGUGGGCGGUACCAAGAAAGAUAGCCCCGCCCCUGUGCAAAGCGGGAUUCCAAAACCAGGAAGUAAAAACACGGGAAAUGGAGCUGUAAAAAGUUCAGCGCUGCCCCUUGGUGGUAAAGACAAUGAGAGGCCCCGCAGUAUGCGUCUGGGAGGGGGUCUGGGACUUCAUAGGGACAGCCGGCAUUCCUCGUCCUCUUCCAGCCUGGCUUCCACCGAGGGGAAAGGACUCCACGGCGCCGCCCCGGUGGCUAACGGAACUCAAUCAACGGCCAGCAACACAGUCAGUGUGCAGCUGCCUCAACCUCAGCAGCAGUACAGCCAUCCCAAUACAGCCACCGUUGCACCCUUCAUGUACAGGUCUCAGAAUGAGGCAGAUGGAAACAUCGGCACAAACCCAAGCUCUGGAUGUCAUAGUAGUGACUCCGGUAGCUUCAGUAAGAUCAACCAGUCUUCUACCGAGGACCUGUCAGGUGAGGAUCCAGAGACCAGACGUCUGAGGACUGUCAAAAAUAUUGCUGACCUGCGGCAGAAUUUAGAAGAGACCAUGUCAAGUUUGCGGGGGACGCAAAUCACACACAGUACACUGGAGACCACUUUUGAUGGUGGCGUUACUACUGAAAUGAGCACUCGCAGCAUCCUCAGCAUGGCAUCUCGACCUGCGCCGCUGUCCUGGGCCAGUCGCAUGGGCCAGUCCAGCCCCCGUCUACAAGCAGGAGACGCUCCCUCGGUUGGUAACGGCUAUCAGUCCCGCGGCGGAGGUGUGGCGUCCGGCCAGGGCCGGUAUCUGUACCAGGCUCCUCUACGGAAACAGCUGGCGGCACGUGGCAGCGCCCUCUGUGGUCUGGAACUGGGAGACAGGGUGGAGGAUCUGGAGCUGGCAGGUGUUGGGCUGGAGAUGAGCGGAUACAUGAGUGAUGGAGACGUGCUGGCUAAGAACGCCCGCUCUGAUGAGCUGACCAGCGGGUACAUGACGGAUGGGGGAUUGAGUCUGUAUACGCGCCGAUUGAACCGGUUGCCGGAUGGAAUGGCAAUGGUACGGGAAAGUCUGCAGCGUAAUGCAUCCACCGGCCAGGGAGACGCCGACAGUUGGGAUGACAGUAGUUCAGUCAGCAGUGGGAUCAGUGAUGCUAUUGAUACUGAUGACAUCAACACCAGCUCCUCCAUAAGCUCUUACGCCAACACCCCCGCCGCGUCCCGUAAGGCUCUUAACGGACAGCCUCAGACAGAUGCAGAGAAGCAUUCAGCAGCUGAACGCAAUACUGCUUGGUCCAGUGAUGAGGUCAAGAUGAAGUCAGAUGGGGGUUUGGAUUGUGGCAUUAAAAUGGAAGCGGGUCUGAAGUGGCGGCGGAACCCUUCAGAUGUUUCGGAGGAGUCGGAUAAAAGCAGCUCUGGACGGAAAACGGCACCGAUCACUCAGACGGGCUCUUGGAGGAGGGGCAUGACCGCGCAGGUGGGCGUGACUGUACCGCGGACGAAAAGUACAACCGGAACCACGGGAUCCGGCGUGAUUAAGACACAAGGGACAGGUAAAACAGAUGAUGCUAAGGUCUCCGAAAAAGGCCGCAUGUCUCCCAGUUCCAACAUCGUCCAGCAUUCCUCCUCCGACGCCGGUCGAAGCAGCGGAGAUGAAGCCAAGAAAACACCCGCAGGCCGAGUCCCCACAAGCACAUUCGGAUUCAAGAAGCCCAACGGCGUCCACGGCCCGGCCACGGUGGUAACCACCUCCAGCAUCACUCUGGUGACAGCGAGCGGUGCCACCAUUACCAGCGGCUCUGCUACCCUGGGCAAGAUUCCCAAAUCCUCCGCCCUAUUAGUUGGUGGGAGAGGGUCAUUAAAAGGUGCUGUAGAUGGUUUGCUGCCACCUCAGGAGGAUGGUUACCUAUCACCCAGUGCUCGUUCAACGCUGCAGUACCGAAGUCUACCUCGACCCUCUCGAUCCGGAGCAGCGGCCCGCAAUGGAAACCGAUCAUCCACAAGCAGCAUCGAGUCAAGCCUGAGCUCCCGAACGCCUGUCCUUACUGCCGUCACGACCAGUAAACCGAGAGAUUCUGGCACUAAAUCCAACGGGCACGUAAUCUCAGCCAAUCAGACAGACAAAGAAAAGGGCGUGGCUUCAGAGAUUGACAACCUGAAAACCAAUCCGAUCGUUUCGGGAGGUGGAGCAGCAACUAUUCCGCAGACGGCGAGACAGGGAAACAAGUAUAGCGAGGUCUCAUCUCCAACAUUGCGAAGACUUUUUGGCGGUAAGGCUGCUAAACAAGCCCCAGUCACCACUGCGGAGAGCAUGAAAAACUCAGUUGUCAUCUCCAACCCUCACGCUACCCUUGGUCACACCCAGUCCUCUGGUGGGCCCUUGGACUCCCCCUCCACAAUACCAGGCAGUGGCGGCAGCAGUCCCUUGUACGGGGGUCGCGGUGCCAGCAUAGGGGGCAGCGAACAAGCUUCGAGUCCUGGUUCGGUGUACUCAACCGGCACUGGGACCUGGGGCACCACCAUCAGCAGCUCUUCGGCUCUCGGCUACCCCUCUGUCAGCAGCAUGCACACCAGUAGCGAGUCCAUCGACAUGUCAGUGGGCAGCGGACAUCAUCGUGAUGAUGUUCAUCCGGUACUGAUGCGAACGGGCAGUGCCAAGACUGGCAUGUCAGAGAGUCCCCUCUCCUCUCCCUCUGCCAGUCCUAAAUUCAGCCGUAACACAUUGCCCCGGAAGCAAGACAGGUACGGCCCUUCAUCACAGCUGCGUCAGGAAGAAGCACGUGAUUGGCUGCGCUCACAUUCGGCGGGUGGAUUGCAGGACUCAGCCAGUAACUCUCCCUUCUCCACUGGUUCCAGUUUGACGUCACCCUCUGGAACGCGGUUUAACUUUGCUCAACUUGGAAGCCCCACCACAGGUGCUCAGAUUAAUCUAGCCAGCCUGCGCAACAACAGCCUGACCAAUCAGGACAACCCACUGGACAGUCAUGGUGAUUCCCGUCUGCGUAACUCCUGCAUGUCGCUGGAUGAGAAGACACGCACCAUGAGCCGGUCGGGAUCCUUCAGAGAUGGGUUCGAGGAAGGUGAGAAAAAUAAAUUUCAUGGAUCGUCUCUCUCGCUGGUGUCCAGCACCUCUUCUGUCUAUUCAACCACGGAGGAAAAAUCACAAUCAGAGAUCCGCAAGCUGCGUCGCGAACUGGACGCCUCCCAGGAAAAGGUGUCCGCCCUGACAACGCAACUCAGUGCCAAUGCCCACCUGGUGGCAGCGUUUGAGCAGAGUUUGGGCAACAUGACCAUCCGACUCAAGAGCCUCACCAUGACCGCAGAGCAGAAAGACUCUGAGCUGAACGAGUUGAGGAAAACCAUUGAGCUGCUAAAGAAGCAAAACGCAGUGGCUCAAGCGGCCAUCAACGGCGUUAUCAACACUCCAGAACUCACCUGCAAGAGUGAACGCACAGGUAAUAAUGGUUCAGGCCCGGGAGCGCAGCCGGAUCUGCGUAUGCGCAGACAGCACUCAUCUGACAGCGUCUCCAGCAUCACCAGCGCCACCAGCCACUCCAGUCUGGGCUCCAACAUGGACAACCCCGACUCCAGCAGCAAAAAGAAGAAGAAGAACUGGCUGCGGAGCUCCUUCAAACAGGCCUUCAGUAAGAAGAAAUCACCCAAAUCAGCUUCGUCCCACUCAGACAUUGAGGAGAUGACGGAUUCCUCUCUCCCAUCCUCUCCCAAACUCCCUCACAAUGGCUCAGGCUCCUCAGCACUGCUGCUCCGCAACACACACUCAAGCUCAAUACUGUCAGACUGUCUGGAUGGGGAGGCGGAGACUGUGAUGCAGCUGCGUAAUGAGCUGCGAGAGAAGGAGAUGAAGUUGACGGACAUUCGACUGGAAGCCCUAAGCUCCGCCCACCAGCUGGACCAGCUGCGGGAGGCUAUGAACCGCAUGCAGGUGGAGAUCGAGAAGUUAAAAACAGAAAAUGAUCGUCUUAAGUUGGAAAGCCAAGCCAGUGGGAGCAGGGCGUCCUCUCAAGUGUCCGUCUAUAACCCAACACCGACCCCAACGCCUGGCCUGUCUCACCACAGCCUCAACCUCACAGAGUCCACCAGCUUCGACAUGUUGUUGGAUGACACUGGUGGAGACGGAAGCUCUCGUAAAGAAAGCAGACAUGUGAAAAUAGUUGUCAGUCUUCAAGAGGACAUCACAUGGAAAGAGGACUGCAGGACUCGAGACUUCCUGAUUGGCUGCAUUGGUGUCAGUGGAAAAACCAAGUGGGAUGUUCUUGAUGGGGUUGUACGGCGUUUAUUCAAGGAGUACAUCAGGCAUGUUGAUCCGGUCAGUCAUCUGGGUCUGGGUUCAGACAGUGUGGAGGGUUAUCGUAUUGGAGAUGUGAUCCGGUCCAGCGGAGCAGACACACCUGAACUCCUGCCCUGUGGAUACCUUGUUGGAGAGAAUGACACAAUCAACAUCUCACUGAAAGGUGUAAACUCUCAGUCCGAGGAUUCUCUGGUAUUCGAGUCGUUGAUUCCCAAACCCAUGCUCCAGCGCUACGUGUCUUUGCUCCAGGAACAUCGCAGGAUCAUCCUUUCAGGCCCCAGUGGCACUGGCAAAUCCUACCUGGCCCACAGACUGGCAGAGCAUUUGGCGCUGCGAGAGGGCAAACUUCCCAACGAGAGCAACAUCGUCACCUUCAAUGUCGACCAUAAAUCCAGCAAGGAGUUGCGUCAGUACUUAGCAAAUAUAGUGGAGCAGUGCAGUGCUGAUGGACAGGAGACCGAAGCCCCUCUUGUGCUCAUUCUGGACAACCUUCAUCACAUCAGCUCACUGGGAGAGAUCUUCAAUGGCUUGCUUAACUGCAAAUACCAACGCUGCCCAUAUAUAAUCGGUACAAUGAGUCAGGCGACAUCCUCUGCUCCAAACCUGCAGCUUCAUCAUAACUUCAGAUGGGUGCUGUGUGCUAAUCACAUGGAGCCGGUAAAAGGUUUCCUGGGCCGGUUUCUGAGGAGGAAGCUGAUUGAGACCGAGAUCGGCAGCCGAACACGUAACCCAGAGCUAGUGAAGAUCAUAGACUGGAUCCCUCAGGUCUGGCACCACCUCAACCGCUUCCUAGAGGCCCACAGCUCCUCUGAUGUGACCAUUGGUCCACGUUUGUUCCUGUCGUGUCCGAUGGAUGUGGAUGGUUCUCGCGUUUGGUUCACUGACCUGUGGAAUUACUCCAUCAUCCCCUACAUGCUGGAGGCUGUGAGAGAAGGCUUACAGCUAUACGGUCGCAGAGCUGCAUGGGAGGAUCCUGCGCUGUGGGUUCUGGAAACUUUUCCAUGGGCAGCUUCACAUCAGCACCCUGAUUGGCCAGCUUUGCUGCAGCUCCGCCCAGAGGACGUGGGCUUUGAUGGAUACUCCGCCUCCAGGGAGGGCCUUAACAAACAGAGUACUCAGAGUGACAGUGAUGCCGACCCACUGAUGAACAUGCUCCUGCGUCUGAAAGAGGCAGCCAGCUGCUCCAGCCCGCAGAGCUACGACAGCGACUCCAAUAGCAACAGUCACCAUGACGACAUCCUGGACUCUUCGCUGGAGUCCACGCUAUGAUCCAGCCUGAUCCGUUAUGCCAUUUAAUUCCUUGACUCUAAUGCCAGCUGAGGCAGCAAAAUCAAGUCAUUACAUCACAUCUUCGGGUGCUGGUAACCCAAAUAAAGAAUGACGCUUCAUAUAUAAAAAGAUAUAUAUAAAAAAUAUAUAUAUAUACGCCAAAACUCAACGGUACUUCAAGCUGCCUCGUGUAAAUUGCCAGUGUGAUUUUUAUUUUUUUCUUAUUUUACAACAGCAAAAUCAGAAGAAAGUGCUUUUUUUCCUAAUUUUUACCUCAAAAUUAAAAGUGCGGUCACAUUAGCCAAAUUUCAUGGACAAAAAAGCAGUCUGUCGUCAGUAAUAUAGUGAUGUAUGAGACAGACUGACCAACCUGAAUCGGCUGCGAAAUCCGCAUGGAGAAACAUGGAUUCCUAUCGAAAUGAAUGGAUUUCGCCUACAGAAAAAUUGAUAAAUGUGACCGCACCUUAACUGUUGGAGAAACUUUCGCACACAAUGCAAUGCUCGUUUGUCUUACCCUCUACUGGUGAAACGGAGGAAUUACAUCUCGAAGCCGAAAUCUUUCUUUGAUCACUCAAAAAGGACAUUGACUUUCCCUGUGUUGAUGGACUUGCUUGUGACUUUACAAAACCAGCUUGAUCGUAUGCUGACCAUCGUUUUAUGUUUUACAUAAUUAGGAUACGGAUGAAAUAGCAUGGUGCUACCCUUAUGAUUUUGGACUUAUUUAUUGUAACGGUUAGAGAAAUACCUCGUUUGCCAUCUGGGACGUGCUUUUGUUUGCCCUCUUGCAUUUAUUUUUUUUGAAACCACCCGUUCCUUAACUGCUGACCGCAUGUUCCAGUCUUCUACUGUAGCACAAAGCCUAUCUAUCUAUUUUUUACACUCGAUCGCGCUCUGUUUUUGGUGCUGUAUGGAAUCUGGUGCCUUAGUCCAUUUUGUAAAGAAAAAACGGCACUAUGUUUUAUACUUCUGAAAAAUGCUGAUUUUAUUACAGUUCGUAAUUGAACUACAGGGCUCCACAUUAGUCCUUCGAAUUUGCCUAAACAGCCUCACAGUCAUCAUAUCAUAUCAGAGGUACAAUAUGUGUGGUUUAGAAAAGAGGAAGUGGGUAAAAGGAGCAACAGGCAUUUUGAAAUUCAAGUUUUUGCUAUACAGUUAAAUGGGUGUUUUACUUUCAAACACGUAUGAGAAAAAUGAUGCUUUUAUAUAUGUGAAAUACAUAUGAUCUCUACUGGCACAGUUCAUCUGUAAGGCUUUGGUGCUUAAAGACCGUCUCAACACAUCUUGGCAAAAGCACAGUGAGAAAAUGUUCAUAAUCUGGUGUUUGAGUAUACCUCAUUGACCAUUUUGCCUUUUUCGUGUACAUAUCUUGCAUUUAAUGUGAAAGAGUAAGAAACGUCCACAUAGUCAUUGGAUUAAUAAUAUACUGUAUUUGCUGCUUUAUAAUGCAAGGAUGCUUUUAUUUGUACAUAAAAUUUUAUCUUUGAUUCUCUAAAGGAACAUUAUUUGGAUGGACAGUGAGUUUCCUUGCAUGGGAAAGCAUAAUAUGGGGCUAUUCAGUGUUUUCACCUUCUUUACUUGUCAAAUGCUGUUGGUGUGGCGCUGCAGGGUUUUAGUUACACCAUUGCUUCCAUUUCAUCAUUUCGUCAUCGAUCCUAUGCAACAUCAUCGUGGAUUAUAAAUGGAAGCCAAAUAUUGUAGCUCUGUAACAGCACUGCCAAUACAUUGUGUGUACACUGUGUAUAUAAUUUGUAAAUAAUUUUAGGAUAUGUGCCUAAUAUUCAUUUCUUUGAUUAUGAUGAUGAAGUCAUUUCAAGCACAAAUGUUGUAUGUGAUUGUGGUAACUGAAAUGGGAGGGCUAUAACUGAAUGGAUUUCAUGUCACUGAAUGUGUAUGUCAUUUCUGGCUGUAAUAUAUCAAUGUAAAUAUUUGACUACCCUGCAGGCUGCAUUUUGAUGAAUAAUCUUUUUUCUAGCCGUUUAUAACAGUGCUUGGAAAUAUGGAAUAUUUUGUGUACAGUGUCUUUUUCAUCUUAACAGUUCCCAGGCGGCCCAUACAGACUUACUGAUCAAGUUACCCGUUUUAAAUUAUUUGUAAUUCAA